CUGCGGCAGCAGCGAUGCGCUCCAGGUGCUUUCCCCGGUGGGAGGCGAGGCUGGGACGGCUGCUGUGCUGUGGCUCCUCCCGGCCCGGUGCCCAGCUUCCCACCGGGCUCUGGGCCACUAGCCUCAGGGCCACGGCGCUGCCGGAGUGUGGGUGCCAGCGGGGCUCCUGGGAAGCCGCCCGUGCCGGCUCAGCCCAGCCGGGGAGGAGCACCCGGUUCUGCGGGAGCCCCGUGCCAGGAUAGCGGCAUCCAGCCACACCAGCUCCACGGGGAGAGGCCGUGGCGCCAGGAAGGGAGGCCGGGGAUGGCGUUUUGCGUGGGGUCACUGGCCACGGGUCCCUGGCCGAGGAGUGGGACAGAGGACAGCCAGGCUGACGGGAUGCCAGAGGUGGGAAAGGGCACGCUGACCACCCACGUGCUGAACACGGCCACGGGGCUGCCGGCAGCCGGCCUUGUCGUGCGCCUGGCCCGGCUGCAGGAGCCGGGGCUGCAGUGGAAGGAGCUGGCACAGAGGCACACAGAUGUGGACGGGCGCUGCCAGCCCCUCCUGGCACCAGAACAGGCCAAGGCUGGCACCUACAAGCUGCACUUUGAGACAGCUGAGUACUGGCAGGGACUGGGGCACGCCAGCUUCUACCCCUUCGUGGAGAUUGUCUUCAUCAUCACCGACCCAGCACAGAAGCUCCAUGUCCCGCUGCUGAUCAGCCCCUACUCCUACACAACGUACCGGGGCAGUUAGAUGGGCACAGCCGUCCCCUAGGGACACAGGAAUGAUGCCACUGACACCAUUAAAAACUCCAAACAGCACCGUUUGUCUCAAAAAAA